AUGGUUCAGCCACCAUUGUCAGGGCAGACCUUUUCAACUCAAGCUAUCUCCCAGGAAACCCUCCAGAACCUCCAGCUUCAGGCUGUUCCAAACUCUGGCCCCAUCAUCAUCCAGACACCAACAGUGGGGCCCAAUGGACAGGUCAGUUGGCAGAUGCUUCAGCUGCAGAACCUCCAAGUUCAGAACCCACAGGCCCAGACAAUCACCUUGGCCCUAAGGCAGGGUGUUUCUUUGGGGCAGACCAGCAACAGCAACUCCACCCUUAUGCCCAUUGCCUCAGCUGCCGCCCUCCCUGCUGGCACAGUCCCUGUAAAUGCUGCUCAACUCUCCUGCAUGCCAGGCCUCCAGACCAUUAACCUCAGUGCAUUGGGUGCUUCAGGAAUCCAGGUGCACCAGCUUCCAGGCCUGCCUUUGACCACAGCAAAUGCCUCAGGUGAUCAUGGAGCUCAGCUUGGCCUCCAUGGGGCUGGUGCCAAUGGAAUGCAUGAUGACACAGCAGGUGCAGAGGAAGGAGAGAACAGCCCGGAUCCCCAACCCCAACCUGGUUGGAGCACUCGGCAGGAAGCCUGCACCUGCCCCUAUUGCAAAAAUGGUGAAGGAAGGGGCUCUGGGGACCCAGGCAAAAAGAAACAGCACAUUUGUCACAUCCAAGGUUGUGGCAAAGUAUAUGGCAAGACGUCACACCUAUGGGCACACUUUCGCUGGCACACAGGCGAGAGGCCGUUUAUGUGUACCUGGUUGUACUGUGGGAAACGCUUCACUCAUUCUGAUGAGCUACAGAGGCACAAAUGCACACACACAGGUGAGAAGAAAUAUGCCUGUCCUGAAUGUCCAAAGCUCUUCAUGAGGCGUGACCAUCUGUCAAAAUGUAUCAAGACCCACCAGAAUAAGAAGAGGGGCCCAGGUGUAGCCCUGAGUAUGCGCACUUUGCCUCUGGUCAGUGGGGUAGGUUCAGAAGGCAGCGGCACUGCCACCCCUUCAGCACUUAUUACCACCAAUAUGGUAGCCAUAGAGGCCAUCUGUCCAGAGGGUAUUGCCCGCCUUGCCAACAGUGGCAUUGUCACACAAGUGGCGGAUCUGCAAUCCAUUAAUAUCAGUGGCAAUGGCUUCUGA